CAAACUCUCAAAUCAGUCGUUUUACUUUCCUCUAAAUAGCUUGCGUGAGCUGCACAUUCGCAAGACACAAACGCGAAUGCGUUGUGCAAAUUGGCCGAUCACGAUUGGUGGCCGAUCGAGCUUUGACAGCACAUAUCCGGCAGUGAGGAAAUUGGCUUGUUUUAGGGGCGCCGACGGCCGUCUCCUUUUCCGCCUCCCUUGGUGAGUGCUGUGCUGGCGGUUGCCAGCUGCUUGCUUCGAGGAGCAGAAUCAGAGCCCAGAGUGUGGAAAUCAAGCCAAUGCAUCAUCACUGUUUCCGGAGCGGGAACGAAGUUGUUGUGGAGCGUGGCCAUCAUGGACGUGGAGAUGGCGGUACCGCCGAGCGAGGAGAGAGCCGUGGAAGGUGCACCCACGCCGGACACGGAGGCCGGGGAGGGGAGCAGCCCGAGCUCCGGCUCCGGCUCCUACGACCUGCCCUGGGUGUCCUAAUACAGGCCGUUGAAGCUGAACGAGAUCGUGGGCAACGAGGACACCGUCAGCCGCCUGGCGGUGUUCGCCCGGGAGGGAAACGUCCCGAACAUCAUCAUUGCAGGUCCGCCUGGAACUGGAAAAACCACCAGUAUCCUGUGUUUGGCCCGAGCGCUGCUUGGCGCCUCCAUGAAGGACGCCGUGCUGGAACUCAAUGCCUCUAAUGACAGGGGCAUCGACGUGGUGAGGAACAAAAUCAAAAUGUUCGCCCAGCAAAAGGUGACGCUACCCAAAGGACGACACAAGAUCAUCAUCCUGGAUGAAGCUGACAGCAUGACGGACGGCGCACAGCAGGCAUUGCGGCGGAUCAUGGAGAUCUACUCCAAGACGACACGUUUCGCGCUGGCCUGCAACGCCUCCGACAAGAUUAUCGAAGCCAUCCAGUCGCGCUGCGCCGUUCUGCGCUACUCCAAACUGAGCGAUGGCCAAAUCCUGGCGCGGCUGCAGGACGUGGUGGCGAGGGAGCGGUUGUCCGUGUCCGACGACGGCCUGGAGGCCAUCAUCUUUACCGCGCAGGGGGACAUGCGACAGGCGCUGAACAACCUGCAGUCCACCAACUCGGGCUUCGGCUACAUCAACAGCGAGAACGUGUUCAAGGUGUGCGACGAGCCGCACCCCCUGCUCGUGAAAGGCAUGCUGGGACACUGCGUGGACGGGAACGUGGAUGAGGCCUACAAGGUGGUGGAGCAGCUGUGGGCGCUGGGCUAUUCGCCGGAAGACAUCAUCGGCAACAUCUUCCGAGUAUGCAAGACCUACCAGAUGGCAGAGUACCUCAAAUUGGAGUUCAUCAAGGAGAUUGGCUACACGCACAUGCGCAUCAUCGAGGGCGUCAACUCCCUGCUGCAGCUGGCAGGACUGGUGGCUCGUCUUUGCAGUAAGACGGCGCCCCCUACCGCCAGCUAGCCGCGCCGAGCACAUCAGCCGGCCUUUCUGGAAUCGCUCGUUUGACCUGAACUCAAUGUACAUGAUUUUUGCAGCCUUUAAGAAAUAAAACGCACCUUCUAUGCCAAUAAA